UCCAAACUCGUAGAUCCAGAAUCCUUUAAAAAAGGAGUCUCCCAAAGAAAGUGGGUCAUUAAUCGUGGCAUUAACGAAUCAUACAGAUCAAUUGUGAAAACUUAAAAUUGUAAAAAAUGGAUUGCGAUAACUGGGUGCUAACAAUCAGACCAAAACGAGUCACCAAAAAAGAAAUAAGAAAAUGUAGUAGGCCUAGUUGUUUCUCUGUUGAAAAACCUGUACAUGCUGGAUAUUCGGCGCCACCGCAAGCAUAUUAUCCGAUUAGAGCUCAAGCUCCACCAGCUGAAACUUAUCAGGCAAUGCCUCGAAGUAGCCCGUACUCAAAUAAACCGCCAAAUCAGUCCGUAGAAGAUGAACAAGUUAUAAUAAAUCAAAGCAGUCCUUUGGGUAGAAGCGAACAGGGUCAAAUUUACACUAACUCCGGCCCUUCUUCGAGUAGUGUGGAAUACCAACCCAAUGGACCAAUACACGGAAAUGCGCCAUAUCAACUGAAUGGUGAUCCAGCUAGUAUACGGAAAUCGUGGAGGUCCUCUGGACAGUGAUCCGUAUCAACUCAAAGGCCCAGUACAUGUGUACCCAGAGUCAUCCUCGAUACCUAAAUUUUUAUAUGGGUGGAUGGGUCGCCGUCGUCAAUAAGGAUAAAAUAUUGCUGCAUCAGUAGGUAGUAGGUACACACUACACAACUUUAUUCAAAUGGCUGUUUUUUAUAUAUAUAUAUAUAAAGUACACUAAUAUAAAAUUAAAAUUAAGAUGAACACUGUACUCCAAUCGAUAAAGCAAAAAAUUAACGCAAAUAAAAUAUUGUUAAAAAAAAUACACGAUUAUUAU